AUGCCAGAGGACCGCGAUCCUGUUCCGAGCUGGGAUGGUUCUCCUGGAACGUUCGAAUCGUACGUCACAGCCUGCAAAUGGUAUUCGAAGGGCACCAAGGAGAGUGCUGCGAAGUCGAUAGUUCGAUAUGCUGAUCCCGAACAGUUUGAUCAUGAGGAUGGGUUAAAUCAGUUUUUGGCACUGCUCCGUGAGAGCCCACUUCAACGUCUACCAGUUCCAGACAGUUUCAAUAGGAGCCCAAUGUCAGGGAAUCGAGCUGGAGAAGAGAGGGGACGUGAUUUGGGAACCCAAACAUUUCCCUCAGCUGGCCCAAUCCAUUCGACAACGACGACUGCAUCAGGAGAUUUCUUUGAAGAUGAGUUGAGAGAUUACAGAUUGUUGCGGGCAUGUCGUUUGAGCGGCCAUGAGCGACAGAACGUUUUGGUACAAACAGCCAACUCCACCAGCUUCCAUCUUGUGAGAAGAGCUUUGAGGACACUCUACAAUGACGAGACCUCGGAGAGACAGCAAGUUGGAGCAAAGCGGAUUUGGUGGACUGACAGUUUUGUUGGACAGGAUUGGUAUGAUGAAGAUGACAUUGAAGGACCGUCGGACGAUCUCUGGUGGUCAGACUGGGCUUGGAGCGAAUGGCAUCAAGAUGAUGAUGGCAGUCCGACGUACUGGACUGGCGAAGACUGGAUCGAGGACUGGUGGCAGGACGCAUGGUACGUUGAAGACGAAGACCUGUAUCCUGAUGAGACAUCAGCUGAUCCGGAGGAAGCACAGUUGUCAGAGGCCUUCGCCAUUGCCAACGAGGGCAAAUCAUUUGGAGUUGGCAAAGGUGCAAAAGGGAAGAGCAGCUUCAAAGGAAAGGGCUAUGGCAAGGGUUUCUCCGGGAAAGGUUCCAAGUCGUCCAAGGGCAAGACCUAUUUCUUGCCGGGAGUGUCGGCACAGUGGGAUGAACACACCUCACAUGGUCGAGCACCAACCAGGGCGAUUUUGGACACUGGGGCGACUGAGAACGCGAUCGGGAUUGACGCACUGCAUGACUUGGUGGUUCAUGGUCAUUUCCAAUACACAGUUUGCAAAGAGGAUUUACCAACCUUCAGAUUUGGCAACGGACACCGCGAUCAGGCAGUCAGCAGAGCAGACUUGGUUGGGACCUCAUUGGGAGCCAUCUCAUUCUAUGUGUUGGGAGGAAUGGCCAAAGCAACACCGCCACUCAUUGGAGCAAGAACACUUCGUGGCAAACAUGCAGUUCUGUCAUAUCAAGAUGGUCGAAUCAAGUUUCAUGAUGGUGACAUUGAUACAGUACAGGCACAACAGACAAGUCGUUCAGUGCAGAUGCAAGCCCUACAGUCAGGAAAUCUCACGAUUGAUUUGGCUGAGGCUCCAAUCUAUGCCAUGGAGCGGACUUCAACCCAGGAGGCGCCGAUCUCAAUCUCGGAGACCGAUCGAUUGGAGUCUCAAGUGUUGAUGAUGUCAACUGAAAGUUCGGAGCAUUUGCCUGUUGGAUCAUGUGAGCAGUCCCUGGAUGUCACAAGCCGUUUGCAGCACUCUGGCUAUCCCUGCUUUGGGGACCACAAGGAGGGCCGCCAGCGAACGAACCAGUUCGCCACAUGGGUGAGUUGCGCCAAGUGCGGACUGCGGACGCUCUACAUGUCCAAGGACAAGAGCCAUGGAGAGAGACGAUCGAUGGGGCCAGAGCCACAUCUCAUUCGGCUCGCGCUGGAGGAGUUGCAGCAGACAGUACCACCCGACCAUUGCACCGAGCAGAUGGUCAAUGGGAAGCUGAUGGAGAUCAAAGGAAAGAUGCUGCAGCUGGGGGUGAGUCAGACCAUGGCCAUCAACAUGACCUACACGGACUACAUGAAGAGGAUCGAGCAACAUGGUCGAGCAGAUGGCAAGUCGGUCACCCAGAUCACUCAGGAGCACUCGGCGAGGAUCACUGCAAAGGCGGCGGCCAAGUCAAUGGCAACGUCAUCAAAUCCAAAGGAGAUGGAUGCAGUGGAGACCCGAGCCUACCUGGAGGCGGAGAACUACGAGCUGAGGCGUCGAGCGGAGAGAGCCGAGGAGCUGGCCACAGAGGCAAUGCCCAGGACCGAACUGCUGGGACAAGAGGCACGACGAGCCAACCAGGAGCAGCAUCGCAUUGGCCAGAUGGCGGAGGAGGCCCGUCAGGCUCUGGGCAGUGGAGUGAUCACGAUCCCCAGCGACAGCGAGAAGGAGACGGUGCCGGGCUCACCAUCAGCCCUGCCGAUCCAGACCAAGAAGGAAGCAGUCGAGAAGAAGGAGGACGGCAAGGAGGGCUAUGGGACCGGAUCUGGGUCCUGA